UGUUUUUGGAGCAAGUGAACUUGUUCCCCCAAAUCCACGAACCACUUUCAUGAUCUUUAGACCAAUGAAGCAUCGUGUCAUGAUCAAAAAAGAAAUGGAAAACACUUGACAUUUCAUGACAGCUUCCUUUGACAGCAAUCCGAUGGUCUGGCAUCCUGUCACACCUCCAUGAUCACGCUUCCACAACUCAAAAACACGAUUCAGACCCUGGACGCCGAUCAGCCUUUUAUAUAACACCAGGCUUCCCUGACUAUCGUCCAAGCCUCCCUCGUUUACACCAUACACUCCAUCCUUCCCGAUCAAUAUCAUGGCCUCACCAGUAACAACCUCGUUCCCGGCCAACGUGGACGACGUGGUCUUGGACCCUGAGUCUCUCAUCCGCCUCCUGCGCGCCUACGACCCUGCCUUUGAUGGCGCACAGGCGGUGAGAGCCGCCUACGAGGAUGCUGUUCACAAUGUGAUGAUGGACCAUGAUCUGGAUCUUGACAGCGAGGACGUCGGUCGCGGCCUCACGGGGAACGCCCUCGUCGACUGGGUUACCGCCCAUGUCAACUCAGACACCUUGCUCUCUGUUGACGAGAUAAACCAGUACGCCGCCCUCGAACGGGCCGGGCUCCUGCCACACUUGGAAGCCACCCUCACCCAGCCUUCCUCCAUGUCCUUGUCCAUGCCCAUGUCCGAUCUCAAAUCCAGCGAUCCGUCAAAAGUCCCUCCCCUCAGCGAUCAGGAGAUCAGAGCGGCCACCCAGGAACUCAUCCGAUCAACCAGUCUCAUCACCCGCCAGACCGAGGCCCUGCGCGAGCAGCAGGAUCACCUCGACCGGCUUGUCGCCGAGCACAAGAGGGAUACCCAAGCUAGGGCCGCCUUGGAGGUUCAGCAGCUCAAGGGGCUGGGGGAGCGGCAGAGGGUGUUGGUUCAGUCGGUGGUGGAACUAACCCUGUUCUUGGGCGACAAGGUUGAUGAACUGGAGCAGCAAAUUGAAGAGCGGAAAGCCGACGUCGAAACGCUCGUCGAUGGAAUGUUUCACUCGGAUGACCAUGUUUUGUCUAGUCUCCAGAAAUUAGGGGACCAGUUGAGUAGGUGUUGUUCUGGCGAGGACGCCAACAAGGCGGAGGAGGAGAUAAUCAAGAGUUUGCGUGACGUUUGCGCUAGAAUGAUCAAGUUCCAUGUGGAAGGGAUUAGAACGAGCUUGGAUAGAAUCUAUCUCGAGACCCUUCAUGCGGCGAUAGAGUCUAGUGCUGGGGGUGAUGGUAGUACCGUCACAGUGGAGGAUGUUGCUGCUGUCCAGCGGGAGUUGGAGGAACUCUACACAGAGAUCCUUCCAGUCGGUCAGAUGGCUAUCGAGCAUCAGUUCUUGCGGCCUGCUCUUGAUGAUCUAGCAGCCAAGAAUGGCCGCAGUCUGGAGCAGUCGACACAAGCAGCUCAUUAUAUCGACGAAUGCCUCGACUACCUGCUCGACCGCAUCACCACCAUCCGCGCGUGUCUCCAAGAGUAUCUCUCGCACCAACAAGCCGUCGCCGAGUUUGCCCAACUCACACGACCAGAACUCAACACCAACGGCCUGCUUCCUCAAACAUCCACAGAAUCAUCCCGACCUGGCACAACACAGGCGCACCACCGCCGACACUCCUCCUUCCCCCGCCAACUCCCAACAGAUUCACUAUCCCCCGAACUCAAAUCCAUCCUCCAAACCCUCGGCAUCCCCAUCCCCUCAGCAGAUCCCGCACUCCAAUCCCACCUCUCCGCCCUUCAAUCAGCCCUCGACUCCACCUUAACAGACCGCCAACAAAAGCGCGACGAACUAUUCUCCACCGCGCAAUCAACCUUUGAAGACGCAGUAACCAAGCACAUAGGCGAUGCGAAGGCUGCCCUUGCCAUGCUGAGGGACUCGGUGUUGGCGGAAAGUCCGUGGGGAGCGGUGAGAUUGGUUGAUGAGGAGUUGGAGGGGAGUGUGGAGGUUAUCAGACAGGAACUCGGGAAGAUAGAAGAGUGGAAGGGGGAUGUUGAUGGGGCUGUCAAGGCGGCGAGUGGGAGCGAGAAGAAGGAGGCGUUCUUGAAGCGAUGGGGGCAUCUUGCAACUGCCCUAUCAUGACGCUAACAUGGCACGUCAAAAGAAGGUUAUCGCCCGAGCCGCCCGCAACAUGCAUCAUGAUCUGAAGUGGUCCAGACAUCUGGGCGUCCGUAGGCCAAGGCGAUCAUAAGAUAAAGCCAAGAUGGGCUCGGGCCAGGCCUUGGUGGAGCCCACCAUCACGGCACUGCGUCCAAGUGCCGAUGACGAUGAUAUCAUUGUUUCUUCAUACCCGAUGCAUAUGGCAUGGUUCCUGCUUUUCGACGUCGCAUACGGUGGGCUGAGAGUUCCUGCGUUAGGUAUAUAUAUCUGGAUCCCUUCGGAGUGGUUUGG